UUUAAAAACAUUUAGACUCAAGGAAGUAGUGUUACAGAGUAGUAAACAGUUCAGCCCGGACACUAUUGUUACUUGUUGUUUAGUGAAGAAAACCGAAUAAACAAGUAAGCAACACGUAACGGAACAUAAAUGUGUCCACGGAGGCAAGAAGAUAUGUAACUUUAUAGCUAACUUUGAUUUAUUUGUUGAAUGUGGGAGUGCUAUACCGUAGCUGUGACUAGCUAAUAACGCUAGCUAUUGUAACGGAUGCAUCUUAUUUAUUUAGAAAACAUGGCUGUCUUUUAGUCCUAUGUAGCUGUUAUGACAAUUAAACCUAGUAAGUCAUGUCACGAGUAACGUUACGGACACGUAGUAAGAAAACCUCGGGACUGUACUGGACUUGUAGGCAGCUCAGCUAGUUAUUUAGCUGUCCGGUGUGUCUUCAAUGGAGAGAAGCAGCGAAAAAGAUGCAGCUUCUGAUGAAGAGAGUAUAGACCAGACAGCCAGCUGGAUAACGAAGCCAAGCAGAUCUGAGGAUGGCGAGAUGGAGAUUACACCUGCAUCCAAAGGUGGAGGUCCAGACAUCUCCGCAGAUGUUUUGGCUCGUCGAGUUUGGGAGAGGCUUGUCACCAGAGAUGAGGAGAAGUCAGAAAAGGAGACUGGACCUACAGUAUCAAGCGGUGUGAUGUCUGAAGUCCAGGCAGAAGUUGUCGAACCAGAGAGGGAUGCUCCUUCAGUGUCUCCCUCCAGCCUCAUGGACACAUGUGAUCCGUCCAUAUCCAGUCUCUGCACCUCCUCCUCUUCCUCCAGCUGUCACCCCACAAACUUCUCUUUGUCAUCCUCAUCUUCCUCUGCUUCUGUCUUGUCUCUGACUCCACCCUUGCCUCCCUCUGUGGAGCUCUCAGCUGUGUUGACUGAUACAAGAAUGACCCUGGACGUGUACCAGGGAGGAGCCGCUGCAUUACCACUGCUAUGGAGGUCCAUCCCAGAUCAGCUGAGGGGCCUACAGUACCUGAGACUGGGCUCGGAGGAUAAACCAGGGCUGGAUGGUGCUCUGGAUGUCCUACCCCAUCUGACAGGGCUGCGCUCACUGUCUAUUCGAGGACAUUGUUUAUGUGACUCACAAGGUGAACACCUUCCUGGCCUCCUCACCACUUUGCCCACGUCUCUUUCCUCCCUUUCUUACCUGGUGCACCUGGAUCUUUCCUUCAACCAGCUCUCCUGUCUGCCAUCUUGCCUGCUCAGCCUGCCUGUGCUGUCUUCAUUACUUCUCUGUUAUAACCACCUCUCAGCUUUGCCUCCUGAUAUAAGCCAGCUUUCCUCCCUCACCUCACUCUCCCUCCUGGGGAACAAGCUGGCGUCUCUUCCCCCGAGUCUGGGUCAUCUGAAAGCACUACAGACACUGGAUGUGUCACAUAACCUCCUGCAGCAGCUACCUGAUGAAAUUGGGUCUCUGGAGGAGCUCGUUAAGCUGGAAUUGUCUCACAACAGGCUGAAGCAGCUACCACAGAGCAUGGGCUCUCUCCUUUCACUCAGGGAACUUGUCAUCUACAGCAAUGACCUCCGCAUGAUCCCACAAUGUCUGAACAAACUGCCUAGGCUUAAAAUAGAUGUCCGUGACAAUCCUUUGGGACGACCCCCAACACCUCCUCCUCUCCCUCCUACACCUGAUCAAGCAGAAACAAAAAUUCCAGAGUUGCACCUUGGAUUUAAUCAGCACAGUUUUUGUGUUUCGUCUGCUGGGUGUCAUGUGUUUAUCCCAGGGGGGGCUGAGCUGGUGUUCCCCCCAGGGUGCCUGGUGACAACCACAAGACUGGAGUGGGCCGAGAGAAGGCCUCAGAGAAAGUGGGUGUGGCUGGAGGAGCAUGACAUCCUACUGAGUCGUCCGCUGGAGCUCCGUCCUCAUGGAAUUACAUUUUUAAAGCCUGUGGAGGUAUGUGUGCCAUAUCAUCGGACAAGAAAAAGGGAGGUGGUGCUGCAGAGGUUUGACGGACAGUCGUGGAGCACUCUGCCCACUGAUCUACGGAGAGGGAGCGAGAGCCAUAGCAGUCACCCUGGGGGACGUCCAGCUAGGCUGGCCUGCUGCUCAGUGAGCCACUUCUCCUGGUUUAUGGCAGUGUCCCGUCCAGUAAAGGACAGUUGCUCUGUUACAGCAGCUGGAGCCCUGUUGGUAUCCAGUGCUGACCCUGGAGUCAAGCUCCACUUCCCUCCAGACUCCACAGUGCAGACUCGUACCGUAACUUUACAGGUGCUGGAGGUGUCUGUGUCGGAGGUGCAGUCACUGUGUGGUGAUCCUCAGGCAAGAGUCAGCCCCCUCCUGUGUCUCUCCCAGACUCCCAGUGUUCAUUUCCUGCAACCAGUCAAAGUUCAGAUCCCUCUGCCAUCUGGAGUCACAGGCCAUACAGUUGAUAUGUCCUGCCUGCAUCUGCUCCAUGGAGACUCCACUGCCCAAACCUGGACUGACAUCACAUCACAAGUGUCUCUCUACGUGACCCAUUUGUAUGCCAUUUUCUACAUCACACAUUUCUCAUGGUACUGGCUGUGGUACACCACACGCACCUGUGUUAGUGGGGUUGUCAGGAAGGUCUAUCAAAGGCUAAAACAGUUUAAAGUUCAGUUCCUCGUCCUUCAGCGCAAAACUGAUCCCUCACAAGUUCUGCUGCAGUGCUUACCUGCCAACAAGAUAGAGUGCAGAGUGGAGUCUUUGUCAGAGCAAUAUGACGGCCCCCAGCCGUCAGACUUGUGUGACCUACUGGAGGGAGAGCAGUUCUUCGCUGGCUUUGAGAGGGGCUUAGAUAUCAGCACAGACAGACCAGACUGUGUGGAAGGAAGACUGUGUUUCGUGUUUUAUUCCAGCCUGAAGAAUCUGAAAGAAGUGUACGUCUGUCCAGCUCAGGGUCAGAAGGGACCAGUUAGAGGACAAGUGUCGUUUUACAGAGGGGAGAUUCCCAGUGACUUGCCAGAGGAAGUUGCCAGAAAGAGGAAAGGACUUGACAGCCAGUGGCUGGCAACUUUACCACUAAAACUUCCUGCACUCAACUCAGAGAACAGUUUCAUCAUGGAGGAGCUCCAGUAUCCUCCUCUGAACCUGGGUGACCCUGAGAGCGGCUACCUGACAGAGGCCAACCUGCUGUCCAUCUCUCUUCAGAUAUCACAGGACUGGCGUGUUAUUGGCAUCAAUCUUGGCUUGAGCUACCAAGAGUUGGACCGCAUCCAGUACAAGUACAGGGACAACCUUGGCGCCUUGGUGCUGGACAUGCUGUUCCGCUGGGCUCGGGCACAGAGCAAUGCAGGACCUGGGGCAGUGUCAAGGCUGGUGGCUGCGAUGAUAGAGAGCGGCAGGAGAGACAUAGCAGAUGAGAUCGAGGACAUCGUCAACAUAGGGAGGAGAAAGUACUCAGAAUCACUGAGGCGAGUAGGACUGGAAGCAGAGAGCUUCUCCCUCGGUGAAACACAGCAGUAGACGAGCCCACGCUGGGUGCAGAUGGUGGACUUACACUUGAGUAACCUGUUUGUUUACAGUGGGGCCCCAUCAUCUCAUCCCGUUGUCUAAACAACUGUCCUGAAGCACAAAUGGUGUCUCUUUGUCACAGCCACAGCCGGCAGCACCUUUCAUAAGACUUACAGAAGAACAGGUGAAAUGGAUGGAUGGCAGAAUGACCUGUGGCUUGGUUAUUUUAUACUUUUAGAAACUGUCAGUAUGCAAAGCAAGCUAUGGAAGUCUGUUUCUGCCAAGAAAAGAAAAAAAAAAUGUAAUAGUGUAAUAGUAACAGAUGUAGUGCUAUGUAAUAAUUUUAGCAUAGUGUGCAAUCAUUUUGAAUCAUCUCAGGAUUUUAACUUAGGAAGUCAAAUUUUUUGCAUUAGGGCUAAACAAUUACCGAAAAUGUUACCAGAAGUCAAGUGCCAUAUCCAAAUCACCAAAGCAGCAAACCAUUUUAAAUUAAGCAUCAUGGUAUUAAAGAGAUGUUCCAGCCUUUCAUAUUCUCCAGGCCAAAGGGAACAUGCUUGUUUGGUGCAGACUGCAGUAAAAUUACAUAAUUGUUUAUAUGUUUGUUUCAGUGUAAAAGAGUUUAACUCAUCACUCAUAUUGGCACUUGCAAUAUCUGUCAUUUUAUUCACAUUAGGAUUUUUGUUUAUCGUUCAGCCAUGCAAUGUUUGUUACACUUUACAAAGCAAGCACUACUUUUUCUCUGAUUUCACCUCAGUAUUUCAAAAGUCACUUUAUUUUAACGUAGCACUUAGUAAUUUUGACCAAGUAUCAUGACUUUGUAGCUCAUAACAUUGUUUCAGUAUCUCAUUGUUUUGACUUUUUAAAAAAAAAAAAAAUCACACCUAAGCGCCCAUUCUUGCUUUCUGCAUCCAUAGACACGAGGUGAUUUGGACAUGGUUCUGUUACUACAAUAGGUCUACGACUGUCUGAAACACACGGGGCUUCCAUGGAUGUUUCCAAAAGACUGCACUUUUCGUAGGAUAUGACAGCUCCUUACAGAUGGGGUUGUAGCACCAUGUUGGUGAUUAUUUCCUAGCAAGCAUAAUGGGCGGAUGUACCGCAGGAUAUCUGGAAAAUUUAGAACUUCCAGCUGUAUUUGGGUGCUGUCAAUUUAAAGCAUACACAAAUCAAAGCUCCUCUGAAGUCUGGCAGCAACUACCUCAAUUACACCACUUUUAUUGAUGAAUUAUAAAGGUGUGGAUGACAGAAUCUUCUCCUACCAAGCCACAGAUUUUGGGCUGCAUGCUGACUCGGGUGGAUGAUUAAAUUUACAACAUGCCUACCCUUGUGCACACAUGAAGGCGGACAGCAUUAAUGGACCUAAACUUGACAUGUUUUUCUUUCUUUUUCUUUUUUUUUCCUGGCAGAAAUGAGCCUCCACAGAUUUCACAGGUACCUGUUCAGGCAGAGCAAACACUGGCAGCUGUGGGACUGUUCACAGGUCUGAGUGAUGCUCUAAAAGUGCAGGAGGCAGCCUUUUUUACAGCUGAUUAAAUCUCUUUCUUGAGUGCCUUUGGUCAGUGAGUAGUCAGCUGCUGAAACAUCUCAGUAACACGUCAGGAUAUUACAUUUUUGUAAUGUAAGUUUCUAUCAAUUUAACGAGUAAACCUGUGAUCUAAA